AUGGCCCCAGGGAAAGACAGGCUGAGUGAGUUGGGAGAUGACUUGUUGUGUUAUGAAAUCCUGUCAAAGCUUCCCUUGCGAGAUGCUGUCCGCUCUUCCAUUCUCUCCACCAGAUGGCGUUUGCUCUGGAGAAAAAUUCCCCAUCUCCACUUCUCUUAUGAGUUUUACCAUUGCUUCUCAGACCUUGUAAUUUGCUCUCACAUGGGAAAUUACUGGGAUUGUGCAGACAUAAUAGAUAAUGUUUUUCAACAACAUUCUGCACCUCUCACAAGUUGUAAGUUCCAUCCUUGGAUUUGCUGUACCAGGUACACUGAAAAGAUUGAGGAAUGGAUUGAGCGUAUAAGGGUGAAAGGGGUGAAAGAAAUUGUUAUAAUAAGUGGUUACACCCCACCAGUAGAAGAUCCUUCCAAAGAAGCCAGUUAUUCCAUCCCUACUAAUCUUUUCGCAUGUCAGACCCUCACUGCUUUAGAACUUGGAUAUUUUGGUUUGACUGGAACUCCUGAGUCUUGUCUAGGUUUUCCUUGUCUCGUAUCAUGUUCUCUACACUUUAUUGUCGCAUCCAAUGAGAAAAAUGAACUACAAGAUUUCAUAGCACUAUGUCCACAGCUUCAAAAUUUGAGACUCAGUAAAUGUCUUGUGUUUAACAAUCUGAAAAUAGGUGCUCAACAUCUCAAAUAUUUGAAGUUGAAAUACUGCACCUUCAAAACGUUCAUUGUGGAUUGCCCUCGAUUGGUGAAUCUCGAAGAAAUCGAUUGUGAAUUUGGGGCUCUGGAAAAAGAUCACUAUUAUUCUGGGUUAUCUUCAUUUAAGGUGAGUUCCCCUACAUCACUUUGUGAUGUGAAUGUAUCAGACUUUUGCUUACUUGAAAGGCUGUCAGCUGCCAAAACAAUUACGAAAAUAUCAAUUGGAAUAUGCAAGCUUCAAUGUGCCUCCGGUUUCCUCAACAUGCUGGCUAAUUUUCCAAACCUGGAAAGAUUGACAUUAAAUGAGUGUAUGAUAGAGAGCAGAAAUAUGGAAACAGUAAAAGAGAUGGGAAUUGCAUCAGACAUAAAUUUUCCAAAUCUUAAAGAAGUAGUUAUAGACUUUCUAUGCAUGACGUCUGGAAAUGAAGUGGCCAUGCUGAAUUUUCUUGUGGUUUUUACGUACUAG